CCAUAGUCCAACUGAGAAUCUCUAACAGAAAGCCAAGACUAUUUCUCCACAGUUGAAAAUGGGUAUUAUAUACGAGUAUAUUAGCUUCUUGUUUUUUCAUCUUUUCUUGCAUAUUCUUGUCUUUCUGUAAUGGCUUCUUGCAUUGCUCUUCCUUGGAAAUAUGAUGUCUUCCUCAGCUUCAGUGGGGAAGACACCCGCAAGAAUUUUAGUAGCCAUCUUUUUGCUGCUUUAUCUCAGAAAGGAGUUACCACCUUCAAGGAUGAUCAAGAACUUGAAGGAGGAAAAUCCCUUUCUCAAGAGCUCAUUAAUGUCAUACAACAAUCGAAAAUUUCUAUUGUUAUUUUCUCAAGAAAUUUUGCUUCUUCCACCUGUUGCUUGGAUCAACUUGUGGAAAUCUUCCAAUCCAUGAAAACCAAGGGACAAGUAGUGUUGCCUGUUUUCUAUGGUGUGGAUCCUUCUGACGUGCGGAAACAGAGUGGGAACUUUGGUGAAUCAUUUGCUAAGCAUCAAGAAUAUUUCAAGGAAAAUAUUGGGAAGGUACAACGGUGGAGAGUUGCAGCCACCCAACUGGCCAAUCUCAGUGGAUGGGAUUUACAAGACAGGCAUGAGUCAGAGCUUAUUGAAGAAAUUGUAGAGGAAGUACUGAAAAAACUGAGAAAAUCAAGUGAUAGAUUCACAAGUGCAGCUAAAAAUUUUGUUGGAAUGAGUUCACGUCUCAAGGAAAUGAAUUUGCAUUUAGUUGAAGCACAGUUGGAUGAUGUUCGUUUUGUGGGUAUUUGUGGUAUGGGUGGUAUAGGGAAGACAACAAUUGCCAGAGCUAUCUAUGGAUACCUAUCUUCUCAAUUUGAAGGUAGUUGCUUUCUUGCAAACAUUAGAGAAGUUGAGGAGAAACAUGGCUUAAUUCCUUUACAAGAGCAACUUCUUUCUGAAAUCCUCAUGGAAAGAAACAUAACAAUUUGGGAUGCUAAUAGUGGAACCUGUGAGAUCAGAAAUAAGCUGCGCCAUAGAAGAGUCCUUAUAGUUCUUGACGAUGUAAAUCGAUUGGAGCAGUUAAAAUCAUUAGCUGGUAGGCCUGAUUGGUUUGGCUGUGGAAGUAGGAUUAUUAUAACAACUAGAGAUGAACAUUUGUUGCUGUGCCAUGGAGUGGAAAAAAUAUAUAGAGUAGAAGGAUUAGAUCAUGAUCAAGCUCUUCAGCUCUUUUGCUUGAGAGCUUUCAGAAGUGAUUAUCCUGCAGAUGACUAUUUGGAGAUAUCCAAUCACUUUGUGAAUUAUGCUAAUGGCCUUCCAUUAGCUCUUGAUGUUCUUGGUUCCUUCUUACUUGGUAGAUCAAUAAAUGAGUGGAGAAGUGCAUUGGAUAGGCUAAAGGAAAUUCCCAACAAAGAAAUUUUGGAUAAGCUUUAUAUAAGUUUUGAUGGAUUAGAGGAAUUGGAGAAGAAAAUAUUCCUAGAUAUUGCUUGUUUUUUCAAAGGAGAUGAUAAAGAUUAUGUGAUUAAAGUAUUGGAAAGUUGUGGGUUUUGUCCAGAUAUUGGAAUAAGAGUUCUCCUCAACAAAUCUCUCAUAACCAUUUCAGAUGAUAGAAUAUGGAUGCAUGAUUUACUUCAAGAAAUGGGGCAAGAAAUUGUGCGACGAUCAUGCUAUGAAGAACAAGGAAACCAAAGUAGAUUAUGGCUUUAUAAGGAUGUCUAUCAUGUCCUAAUGAAUAACACAGGAACAGAACAUAUUGAAGGCAUAGUCCUAGAUUCAUGUGAACAAGACGAUGAAGUUCUGAGUGCUAAAGCCUUUGUGAAGAUGAAAAAUCUCAGGUUGCUUAUACUUAAAAAUUUACACCUUCCAGAGGGCCUUGAGCAUCUUUCCAAUAAGUUGAGAUAUCUUGACUGGGAUAGGUAUCCUUUCAAAUCUCUUCCAUCUACUUUCCAGCCAGAUGAACUUGUGGAGAUGCAUUUGCGCUAUAGCAACAUCAAAGAAUUAUGGAAGGGAAUAAAGCCUUUGAAGACAUUGAAGGUGAUUGAUCUUAGUUACUCUGUUAACUUGAUCAAGACCAUGGACUUUAGAGAAGUGCCAAACCUUGAAAAGCUGAAUCUGGAAGGUUGCGUGAGGCUAGUUGAGGUGCAUCCAUCCGUCGGAGUUCUGAAAAGGCUAGUCAUUUUGAAUUUGAAGGACUGCAAAGGUCUUAUCAGGCUUCCAAGUAGCAUAUGUGAGCUUAAGUCCCUCAAGGUUCUUAUCUUGCAAGGCUGCUCAAAACUUGAUGAAUUGCCUGAAAGUUUAGGGAAUAUGACAGGCUUGGAGAAACUUAAACUUGGUGGAAUUGCUAAUAGACAACUUCCAUAUUCUAAACUAUGGGAUCUGCUUCUCCCUUCAUGGUUACUGCCAAGGAAGAAUCCAAAUCUAAUGGCUUUUAUGCCUUCUUUGUCAGUCUUAUGCUCCUUGAGAACUUUAGAUUUAAGCUACUGCAAUCUGAAAGAAGGAGCACUUCCUGAUGAUUUGAGCUGCUUCCCAUUGUUGCAGACAUUAAAUCUAAGUGGAAAUGAUUUUGUAAGCAUACCUACGAGCAUUAAUCGACUUUCUAAACUUGAAGAUCUAUGGUUUGUUAAUUGCAAGAGGCUUCAGUCAUUGCCAAGUCUUCCAUCAAGCAUUUUAUAUCUUAGUACAGAUGGUUGCUCUUCCCUGGGAACUUCUCUGCCCAACACCAUCAGUAGACAUUAUAAACUGGAAAACCUUUGUUUUGCUACUUGUGAGAGGCUUCAGUCAUUGCCGGCUCUUGCGUCAAGCAUUGUUCAUCUAAAAGUUGACGGUUUAACUGCACAGGAAACUUUCCCAAAUUCAUUUGAGAAAGAUGAUUCCAAACAUCCAUCAUUAACUUUCGUAAGUAACUUACAGUUGGUUGAGAUUCAAGGCAAAAAUUGUUCUGCUUUUGCAAGGCUGACAAGUUACCUGCAUUUCCUGCUAAAGCACAGCUCUCAGGGAUUCUUUAAUCCAAGCUCGCAUAUAUCGAUGCGUUUAGCUGGAAGUGAAGUUCCAGAGUGGUUUAACUAUCAUGGAAUGGGGACUUCAUUAGAAGUGCAGCUUCCUCCUCACUGGUUCAACAAUAAGUGGAUGGGAUUUUCUAUUUGCGUAGUUUUUGAAUUCCUUGAUCUUCUUUCCUCAGAGCCUCCUACUCUUUUCUGUGAUCUGCACGCACAGAUUUCGCCAGAUCAACUUUUGUUUCUCAGUCGCCCAGCUACAGAAAUUUCUGGGGACACAGGCUCUGCAUCAAAUCAACUUUGGUUCAACUUCAUACCACGUAGCUCUUUAAAUUGUGUAGAUGGGUGGCAAGCAUGUGGAAGCCUUAAAGCAUCAUUUUUUUCAAAUGGGUUGAAGGUGAAGCGUUGUGGGCUUCGCAUAAUAUAUGAUCAUGAUGUUGGUGAAUUAAUCCAAUGCAACAGAGCUUCUGAGAGUUUGGGUCUCCUCUGUCAUGAUAAUUCUGGUACGAGCAAGAGAAGCCAUGAGGAUUGUAGUUCUGACAGUAACGUGGAACCCAACAGUGAAAACGACAACUCUGUUAAGGAAUUGCAUUCCAAGAGAUUGAAAAUGACUGUGGAUUCGGAGCUGAAACCGGAUGGCAAAAACCUCUAAGAAUAUUGAGAGAUGGUUGGUUGUCCAAUUCUGAUGACAAAAUUAGUGCAAACUUAUUUUUAGUUUUUGUGCAUAAUAAGUAAUUAUAUUUUUACUUUUGUUAAAGACGAAGUUGAAAGACAUACUUAGCCAAUUGAGAAGAUGGAGUAAAAGC